UUGGGCCGCUGACGGCAGCGUAGUAGAGCUGACAGUGCGCGCCAGUCAAGACACGCCAAUUGAACUCUCCCACCUCGUUCGUUCGUUUAUUCACGAACUUUUUUCAUCUUCCCAAGCCAAAAAACUUUGAUCGUCUCCUAGCUCUACACAGUUCAUUUUCUAUUCAUUUCUAAUUCUGCUGUUUAUUCAACAGUUUUCAGAAAAGAGAUAUAAAAAGAGUUGAGAUUCUUCUGACACAUCACACAACGAGUGUGUGUGAGAAUCUGUGUGUGUUGUUGUGUGUUACAGAAAGUCUAUGGGUGUGUAGAGUGUCCUCUGGUGUGUUUGUGUGGCCCGUGUGGUUGUCGUGUUGUCCCGCAAGAGUUUUGGAAGAGAGAAAACUUCUUCUUCGGGAAUUGACUAUUCACAUUCAAAACACGUAAAAUGUCUUGGUCCGUGACCUUGUCGCUACUGGCCGUUUCUUCGUGGCUGUUGGCGUUUGCGUUCGCUGUCGGUCCCGUCAUGAACCAACAACCGACCAUCUUCGACCUCAUUCAAAACGAUCCCGAUCUCUCAGAAUUUUUCAGUUUGAUUUCGAGGAACGAAUUGGUGCCGACGCUGCUCAAGUUCCGCCAGGCCACCGUUUUCGCUCCCAACAAUGAAGCCAUGAGAGCUUACACCGGACCAAAGGACCAGGAUUUACUACUUUACCAUCUCGCUAACGUGGCAUUGACGACAGACAAAUUGGACCAGUCUGUUUCCAGCGAAUUGCCCGGCAACCCGCCGCUAUGGAUCGCUCGUCGCGACGCCAGUUCCUACCAGUACGAUCUUUACGUCAACGAUGCCCGGGUUAUCCUUGGCGACAUCAAAGCCAUGUCGACGAGACAAGACGAACAAGUUUUGCAUGUCAUCGACAAAGUCUUGGAGCCCAUUUUGACAUCUGCUCGUGAUCCGCAACUCUCCAAUCCCGACGCUGCCCGUCUCCUGGAAAGAGCCGGAAGUUUCAAUCUGGGACCCUAUCAAAUCAGCGACUUUGUCCAGCAAGUCACGUCGCACAAGAAGCUGUCGGUGUUUGCCACGCCUGGACGCCACACUUUUUUGAUUCCGAUCAAUCGCGGAUUCGAGGCCGUGUCACGUGACAAGAUCGACCCCAAAGUGAUUGACGGACACAUCGUGCCCAACGUGGCUCUGUUCACCCGCCCAGCCAUCAGAGGACGGCCCGUUCAAACCUUGGCCUUUUCCGACAACCUGAAAGUCAGCGUUUCCUUCAGUAACGAAUCGCUGCCGUCGCAAGAAAUCGGAUCGCGAGUGUACGUGCAAUCCAACACCCUGGUGGGCGAUUUCCAUCAUCCGAGAGGCGUUGUCGUGGCCCAGGUGGUCAAAGCCAACAUCCCCGUCCGCAAUGGCGUCGUCCAUCUCAUCGACAAGCCGCUCAUCGUCAUCGAUAUCGACAUUGUCAACUUCCUCAAGUCCUUUAAGGUCUUUGAACAACGCAACGGGAUCCUCUACGAGUUCUACCGUAUCAUGAAGGAUUUCGCUACCAAUUUUAUGGAGGGCAUCACCGGCGCUGGCGAACUGACCCUCCUAGCUCCAUCUAACGAGGCCUUCCGCCGGCUAGGAGACAAGAACCUCAACGCCCUGUUGGCCAAUCAACAAAAACUGACUGAAAUUCUGCAACUUCACGUCAUCCGCAGGCGGCUCUCGUCCGAUGAGAUUAUCCAGAAUCCCCUCUUCUCUCAUGUUGAAUCGGCUGACCGUCAUCGUCGGCUCUACUUUUCCGCCUUCGGUCCAGAUGACAACAUCACCAUCUCGGUGGAAGGCGGAGGAGUCAACGCCACCAUCAUCCAGCCCGACAUUGGCGCCCUCAACGGUAUCGUUCACAUCAUUGACCGCGUCCUCGGCGUCCCCACCAUGACCGUCAUCGAGAAACUCCAGCAAGAUCCCAUCAUGAGCAAAACACACGCGCUGGCCAUCCAAGAUGAUUUCCUCGGGCGGAUGCAAGCCUACAGAGAUCCGUACAACACUAAAAUCCAGCAAAAGUUCACGAUGCUGGUGCCCAGUGACGAGGCCUGGGAGGUUGUCCAUCGCACGAUGGGCUCGGCGUUCAAGAAGCUCUUUAUGGGAGAAUAUUCUUACAACGUGCGCCAAAUCUUGGAACGCCAUUUGGUCGUCGGUCAAGAAUUGAGCAUCAACAACCUGACGAGCCAGGGGCGUGACAACUACCUGCAAACGAUCCGCGGCAAAGUGAAGAUCGUCUUCGUCGAAAGCGGCGGAGAGAAUGGAGGGGAGCCAACGCGAGAAUACUUUGCCGAGUGGGAGAACAUUCGUGCUCGAGUGGUCCGCCCGGAUGUCCAGUGUAUUGAUGGCGUGAUCCACGUGAUCGAUCACGUACUGGUGCAACGCCGCGAGAUCUCCGUGUCGGGAUCGGGACGGUUGGCAGUCGACGCUCUCCUAUUGUUGUCCAUCACUUUGACGGCCAUUUUCUUCAACAACCGAGCUCUCCAGCACUGAGGCGAAAGUCUCAAGUUUCUCUCUAUAGAAAAAUCACACUGUGCAAGGUCGUCUUUUCUUAUAUUAUAAUUUUUCUUCACUGAAUUUAUUUUAUUUUUUAUUAAUUAACUUCACUCAAAUUUUUAAAAAAUCCCUUCGUCCAUCAUUUCACCCUUUAGUUGGUUCUUUAUCAUUUGAUUAACUAUAUCAAUCUUGUAUAUUUUAUUCGGCGUGUUUUUGUCUCUCAUCAUUUUCUCCGUAUAAUUGACGCCAUAAAUUAGAUCCAAGAAUCUCACCAGUAUGACGAUGACAAAUAACAUUUUUAGAGAGAACGAAGAGAAAUAGACCAUUUCAUUUUGUUUUAUGUUUUGACAAAACACUUUUAGUUCGUCCGUUUUUCUUUCAGUUGUACAAGAGUUACACAAAUUAUUUUGGUCUUUUUUUUGUGUUGGUAUUAUUGAAAUAUUCGUCGGUUUGAAAAAGAGAUUAUCGAUUGAAUAAUUUCUCGACGUUUUAUUUGAGCGAGUCUGAACGUUUCGACGAAACGAGAGAAACUGUCAACGUUUCUUCCAUCUUUUGUCUUCAAUUUUUCAAAAAAUGUGUUGCGUGAACGCUGAGCACCUCCUUAGUUUUUUUAAAAAUUCAAUGUGGCUUCAUUUGCAUUUUCAGAGAGAGACAAAAUGUUGAACUGUGUUACGCUCGUUCUAUUUGAGCGUGUAGGAGACCCAUUUUUAUCAAAUUUUAUUUUUUAACUUACUGCUGUCGAAACCGAAUUUUCCGCAACUCUGUCCUCCUUCAAACUCAUUCACCUCACAGCCCCCAGCAGUUCCAACCCACAAAGAAACACACACACACACGAUGGAAACAUCCCAGUUUUGUUGCUGUCGUGUUUUUGUUUGUCAGCUGGAAUUGAAUUCUCUUCUUUUUUAUUAUUAUUUUCACUACCUCGUCGAUCAAUACAAAAUUGCGGUCUCUUGUCAAUAACAGCUACGACCAUUCUCUAUGCAUGUGUUCGAUUGUCCGAGUUGAUUUUAUUUGAUAGAUGCACUGAGCGACAUUCCAAUGUUUCUAUUUCGUUUUCUUUUCCCCCCCUUCCCCAAACCCUUCUAUACAAUUUUUUGGACAUUCAUUUUUGUGUUGCGUCCAGACAGCAGUCACGAAUGCUGCCGUGAAUCAUACCAUAAUCCCAUCUCUUUCUGUCGACCCUCCUUCUUCCCUGUCGGGGAACCAAAAAAUAACAUAAAUGAAAACCAAAAAAGUUAACAAGAAAAUCUAACUGACAAAAAAAAAUAUAAUAUCUCCUGAUGAUUGCGAUGAGUGUUCAUGGUAGAGUUCUCUGCUUUAGAAAAAAAAUAAAAUGAAUGGGUACCGAUUCA